AUGCUAGCAAAACAAGCAUGGCGUAUCUUUAAAAGCCCUGAGUCUUUGCUUAGUAUAACCCUUAAAGCUAGAUACUUUCCCAACACUUUGAUCCUCAAGGAUGCCCCUGGCCAUAGUCCUUUUUCUAGGCAGAGUAUUCUUUGGGGUCAAAAUUUGAUGAAGCAUGGCCUUAUUUGGAAGGUGGGUGAUGGCAAGAGCAUUCAAACCAUAGAGGAUCAUUGGCUCCUUGAUUUCAGGUUCAAAUUCUAUUCAUCUUCUCCUCCUCUUGAACCCAAUCUGUCCUUUUUUGUUUCCCAUCUGGUGCCUGGGAGGGAUCCUACUAAGCUCCGCCAGUUCUUUGAUGAUCAUGUUGUUGAUAGAAUUCUUCACAUGCCAAUUUUGAAGAUCUGCCUUCCUCUUCUUCUUUUUACUACAAGUAAGCAAUUCUGGUCAGAACUUUGGAUGUCCACUGCCCCACCUGAAGUAAAGCACUUGCUGUGGCAUGUACUUUCCCGUUCCAUCCCCAUUGCCUCUUCGUUGUUACAUCAUCCCCUCACCUAUAUGCCCCUUAUGCCAACUGAAGGCAGAGACAGUUGA